GGAGGCGUGUGUUAGGCGGAGGCGCACCAACCAGCGCUUUGAUUUCCCUCCGGGGGGGUUUUCUUCUUUGCGAAGAGUGGGAGACUCACAAGAAACACUUUGUACUUCUUUGGAAAGCCGCGCUGACCGGGAAGCAGAACAGAGGUCAGGACAGCACCAGAACCCAGUACUAGGAGAACCUGCUAGACAUUUUAAUGAUCUGAAGAACGUCACUGCAGGGACUUUCCCUCUGAGCAGCACAAGUUAUGUAUCAGGUGGUACCAGGAGGAGCAGGGGGAACAAUUACUGAUGUCAUCCCCAAGCAGAAGCACACCAAGGACACUAGGUCCUUAGUUGGGGCUGGAGUAAUCGGUUUGAUUCUGGUAAUAGCAGCUGUAACGGCCUGGUGCUACUACAUCGCCUCUCUACGUAAAGCUGAGCUAUUAAAAACACAGCUGCUGGAUCUGAAUAAAGAUGGAUAUAUUAUUCGCAACCAAGGAGGCUCCAUUGUUUUCAAGAUGGAUUUCAGAUCUGGGACCCUUGAUUUGGACUCUUGCUCUAAAGACGGAGAGGUCCUCAGUUGUGACCGAACCACUGACCGAAAACUUAACUUCUUCAUUAUAACUGUGCGACCAAAGGAUCCAGUGCAGUGUUACCGUGUACGCUGGGAAGAACUGGUUCCAGACAUUCCUGUUGAGCACGCCAUGACUUAUGAGUUUGGACAUUGGUAUGGAGGUGCAGUGACAGCCAAUCAACAUUGGCCUAUUUCUAUUUCUGGCCAGCAGGCUCCCAAACCCUUUGUUACAAAUGACAUCUACUCGAACCGUAAUGAAUUUGGAGGAAUUUUGGAGAGUUACUGGCUUUCGUCCAACGCCACGGCCAUCAAGAUCAACAAUUCUGUUCCGUUCCAUCUAGGUUGGAAUGACACGGAGAAGACCAUGUACUUCCAGGCACGAUACAAUGACAGUUCCUUCAAGCCAAAUCCAGGCGAGGCACCAGUCGCCGAACUAAGCUAUCGAGUUUGUGUUGGCUCAGAUGUGACAUCCAUACACAAGUACAUGGUUCGCCGAUACUUCAACAAACCCUACAAGGUACCUGCUGUAGACAUGUUUAGACAUCCUAUAUGGUCAACUUGGGCUUUGCAUAAAAAUGAUAUUGACCAAGAGAAACUAUUGAUGUAUGCUGCCAAUAUCAGCAAAUAUAACUUCAACUGUAGUCACCUUGAAUUAGACGACCGCUACACAAGACACUAUGGAGAUUAUGAGUUUGACCCUGUCAAGUUCCCAAACGCCUCAGCCAUGUUCAGUAAACUAGAAUCAUAUCGAUUUCUGGUCUCACUCUGGAUUCACCCUUUUGUUAACUAUGAGUCAGAAAACUUCCACACCUGUGUAGAAAAGGGCUUCUUCGUCCGAGAACCUACAGGUCGACUGCCAGCUUUGGUACGUUGGUGGAAUGGCAUUGGUGGCAUUUUGGACUUUACAAACCCAGAAGCCCGUGAUUGGUUUGCUUCUCAACUACGUUCACUGCGUACAAAGUACGGAGUUUCCUCUUUUAAAUUUGACGCAGGGGAGACAAACUACCUACCUUGGAAAUUUAGUACUAAAAUUCCCAUUCGGGACCCCAGCUUCUUUACUCGACGUUACACUGAAAUGGCUAUUCCUUACAAUGAUAGAGCAGAGCUCCGCAGCGGUUACCAGUCACAGAACAUAUCCUGCUUCUUCAGACCAAUUGACAGAGAUUCUGUAUGGGGCUAUGAACUUGGUCUCAAAUCUCUUAUUCCCACUGUGCUAACCAUCAGCAUUCUGGGAUAUCAGUUCAUCCUACCAGACAUGAUCGGAGGAAAUGGAUAUCUGAACCAUACAAGUGGAAUCCGUGCAUUACCUGAUCGAGAACUCUAUAUUCGUUGGUUGGAGCUGUCAGCCUUUAUGCCGUCCAUGCAGUUCUCUAUCCCACCUUGGGAAUAUGACCAUGAAGUUGUUGAAAUUGCCCAAAAGUACACAGCUCUCCACGAAAGUAUUGUAGCACCUCGGGUUCUCGAGCUGGCAAGUGAGGUCCUGCACACAGGGGACCCAAUUGUACGUCCGCUUUGGUGGAUUGCUACAAGCGACGAGACGGCAUACAAAAUCGACUCCCAGUUUCUGAUUGGGGACGAUCUUAUGGUAGCUCCAGUUCUAGAGCCCGGAAAGCAAGAGCGUGACAUCUACCUCCCUGCUGGCCACUGGAAAAGCUACAAGGGGGAAAGGUUUAAUAUCGAGAAGCCACUGCAUCUUACCGACUACCCGGUAGACCUAGAUGAAAUAGCAUACUUUGUUUGGGUGAAGUAAUGAGAAAAAAAACAACUAAUUGUCUUAGAAUGCAAUUAGUCUUCAAGACAAGCCUCCCUUUUCAUAUCAGCAGAAAAAUGUGAACGAAGUUCUGUUAGAAAAAGAGUUUUGAUUAGCAUGAUAUACUUUUUUACUCAAAGAAAGGUUUUGUAACAACUUAAAUCCACAAAUGUGACAAAUAUGCAUAAAAUCCUGCCUUAUCAUCAUUAUUAUUAUUUUUUUCUACUUAAUUAAGACUCGCGAAUGCUGCAAACUCUUCAACAUUUUGCAUGUUAAGACAUUGCUAUCAAAUUCUCUGUUAAUGAAAAAUCAAAACUGUCCAUAUUUAUUCACUGUAGGGUAAUGAUAAAAGGUAGAGAGUUGAAGAUCUGUAGCAUGAAGCGAUAAGGCAGAGGCUUUAAAAAGCCAACAGACCGCUCUCUUGUUGUUAGGCAGCAUGACUGUCAUAUUUGAAACAUUAACAAGUGCUGGCCCCUCUGGGUCGUUGUAGUUUAACAGAAGAUGUCUGUGACAGCAGAUUUCUGGGAAUGUGCUUUACAAUAGGAGGAAUCCUGCCAAGCAAGCAACAGUUUUGUUUGUGCUUCUUUAAGCUGUAUGCAUUUAAAGCUGUAGGGAAAAAGGGAAUAACCAUUACGUUUUUAUAUAUCUUGUGAGUCUUAACAGCAAAGGUAGCUGUAGCCAAAUGACAGAUUCUGGUCUACACAACAUCUUUCUAGACCAUUCUACUCCUCCGUUCUUGAUAAUACAUGGCUCACAUAUCUGCACUAAUGCUUGCGGAUAAUUAAUAUUUGCCAUUUUUGCUCAGGUAACUUCUUCCUCAGACAUUGGCGUGUUUGAAAGUCUAGUAGGGUCUGGUUUUCAUUUUUAUUAAUGCCUUUGAAUGCAGCCAAAUGUUAGUAGUACUAUAAUGUCUUAUAAAGUGACUGCAACAUUUAAAAAAAUGCAAGCUUCUCUGUUUAAUUUUCUUUUUUUCAAAUGCUUUCUUAGGGUGUAAAUGAAGCUUCAUUUGGAAUGUUGGUUUAUUUAUUUGAAUUCUUACAUUUUUGUCUGCUAUUUAACAUGCAGUGCCACAGUGUCUUUUUAUUAAUCUCGUUGAAAUAAUUCAAAAGCUGAAAGUAAUCACCUAAAAAAGGAAGCUGAAGGUAAUGCCACUUCCUGUACCAUUACCACAGCAUCGGAUGUCAGUCAAAAAGAUCUUAGUCUUUGCCAGUGUUCAUCUUUUCUGGUGUUUUUUUAAAAUUUAAUUUCAAAUGAAUACACACGAGGGAAAUACAGGGAGCAUGAAUUUGUGACACAUAAUGCCAGGAUAGGCUUUGUUUUUACACCAAAGGGAAAUUUCCCCAAUGAUGCCCCUCUUUUGUUAGAUUUUUUUUUAAAAUUGAUUAUAGAAGUUGAGAGGAAUUCUGAUUUUCCAAUUGGAUGGGAAAAAUUCCACUUAUUGUCUACUUAAUGUACGUUUUUUCAAAUUUAUUUUAUUUUAACCAAUUAUGCAGCCUCAUAGUUGCACUUCAAUUUGUCCCUCGGACCUCAUUUAUUUGUGCCCAUGACAUCAGAUCAACACAACAUCCCUAUCUAUUAAUAACAGUUCAGCUCAGCAUUUUGGAUGAGGGAAGAAGCUAUUUCUGUGAGGUGCUUUACUGCUUUACGGCAACUCAGAUGGACUGCUCCCUGAACGGAAGGUUUCUCUUAUUUUGGUCCUUGCCACUCAGUAUGUUUCAGUGUGUGUGCGCUAUGUUUGCAUGCGACAGACAGGUUUUGUCAAAUGUUGAUGCUAUUUUCAAUAAAUGCAAUAAAUAAAGAUGAAGUA